AAAAUUGAAUGUAACCUUCAAUAGUGUGAAUGCCAUUACUAUGUUAAAACUCAAGAAGUCGAAAACACCAGAAACAAUUCAAGACAAACUAACUACUUGUCUGUUAACCACUUGGUGAGGUCUUUGUGUAGGAUUCUUCCUCUUUAAGAGGCACAGAUGUCAGAUGUGCAAGAGAUGUGGACAUAAACGAGAUCAAUGAAUCGAACAUACCAUCUCAAUAAGAUACAUAAACCUUCUUGACACAAUAGUCAGUUGAAUCUAAAUCAGUACCUCUAGUGGCAGCUUACAGAACAGAGUACGACAUUCGUAAGUCUAAUAUAAAGCUUGAAAGUGUACUUAAAUUAGGUGAAAUAUAAGUGGGAUUUUAUUCUUAUUUUUGGCAUCAUGCAUUGGAUAUUGAAAGCGGCGCGCUUUCUGGGUUGACGUUCUCGUGGUGUUGGUGCGGUGCUCCACUGACCACAUGUUUGUAUGUUUAUUCUCUUAUAGUCGUGCUAGUCCUCUAUUUAUCGUUUUAAAUUAGUGUUUCCGAUUCAAUUCGUACACAUUUUGGGAAAUAAACUUCCAUUUUGUUUGUCACCAAUUAUUUUGUUAUGCAUCAGCUACUGGGUUUAAUCAAUAUGUGUUUGUGAGGAAUAAAAUAUAAGUCAGAUGUUCAGAAAUACGUGUUAUGCCGGAUACUUUUUUUCAGGGAGCAACAGUACAAGUUCUGUGCAGUAUGAUGGGCGUCCCAACCUUCAUUAUCAAAUACUUAAGUUUUUUGGAUACCAAACUGUUAAUAGCUAAUCUACCUGUGUUCUCAGGAAAUUUUGAUUCGUUAGGCUUAAUUUGAUUUGUAGAGUUUGGAUCAGUGAGUGAAAUUUGACAACGAUAAUUUUAUACUAGUCGUGACACAUUUUUGUGCAUGUAGGUCUCUGAUCAAAUCACGCAUUAUAUUCAUUUCUGCUAUUUUCUUUUUUAGGAUUGAAUACAGAAUUCGUCUGGUUAGGCCUAUUAAAACUGAUCGUCUACUUAACUAAUCAAGAUAAUACUAAUCUAUCUUUUCCAUACGAUUCUUACCUAACAGAUAGCCACCUUUAUGGUACUUGGGUGGCACCGGGUUCGUAUGGUUUUUAUUCGGACUUGAGAUUCGGAUUGUGCCUUUUGUCAGUGUAUGUGAAUAAGUAAAUGGAUUUCAAUAUUGCGGAACUGUGUAACGUUUUCAACGCUCAACAAGGUAAAGACAACAACUGUCAAAAGCAUGUAUUGAAGUUAAUACAGUUCCUCAGUUCAGAAGAUGGUUGGCCAAUAUGCACUUCUGUUUUGUUAAAUUCUAAUUCGACCCUCCCAAAUGUAGAUGCACUCCCGGGGGACCAAAAAUCUGCCCUUUUUUUCCUAUGUUGCAGAGCACUUGAGGAGAAUUUAAAAUCUGAUUUACCCGUUCGACCAGAUGAAGCACAGAAAUUCGCUACGUUUGCCUGCCAGUGGUUGAGAUAUUUCAUUAAUCCUGUUGAUGGGAUCAGAAAACCUAAAUAUUUUGAAGCGAAAGCUGGUCAGUUAAUUACAUUGGCUAUUAUACGGUACUAUCCAAAUCAUUGGUCUUCCCUUUUUGACGAUCUUUUGGGAAUUCUAGUUGAAGCAACAGAUGGACAACUCAGUGAGAGAAAUAAGUCUGAUGUAGUGGCUGUCGAUCUGUUCCUUGAUAUUCUUAUUGAUUUAGACAGCUAUAUCAUAUCAAGAAAUGUACAGUUAACCACCGAGGAACUCAGACGAAGUAACGAACUCAAAGAUGCAAUGCGUGAAUCAUGUAUUGGCUCACUGAUUCAUACGUGUUAUCAAUUGAUAUAUCGAUUUCUUAAUUCAUGUCAAUCGAAUGCAUGUCUGAUUCGCAAAAUUCUUCAUACCAUUGGUUUAUAUGCAUCAUGGGUUGAUUUAACACUUGUGGCCAAUACAGAAUGGAUUACAUUAUUAAGCCGAUUAUUACAAUUAUCAAUUGAUGAUAAUUCAGCAAAUGCAAUCAUUCGUUGCGGGAUUUAUUUAUAUUUAAUAGGUUUUGUAAAUAAAGGUAUGCAAGUAAUUGACAAAUUAAGGUUGUUAACUGGUAUUUGGGAACAGUUAGGAUCUAUGUUAAUUAAUGAUCCAAAUAUAUCGAAUUUCAUGAUGAAUUCAGCUAACGACACUUGUGACAACUUAAAUGAAGAUCAAUUAGAAUCCUUAUCUACAUUUGCUACUUUGAUCGAUGCAAUGGGAAAUCAAUUAUUGUCUGUGUACAGGAACUUGUAUGAAGCAACUUGGAUAAAUAACAGUUCAAAUCAAGCUAAUAAUCAGUUUCGAUCCGAAUCAGAUAAUAAUUCAUUCUUACCCAUUGCAUUAGAAGCCCUGGAAGACCGAUUAAAUAUUGCUGUACGUUUAUUUGAACAUAAAGAGCAACAAAUCAGCCAAGUGGUUACACCAUUUCUUCGUUCUUAUCUGGGUCUAUUGAAAAGCGUUGUAAAUCAUCCGUCGGAAAAUCUUUUAUCACCAGGAGGUGGACGUCGUUCACGUAAUCGUAAUAGUUCAACUUCAUUGGAUUCUACAAAUCCUUUAUUGUUGAACAGUACUACAUCACCUGGUCAUCUGGAAAUAAAUGAAAUCAGAUCGUUUUUUGUUAAACGUCUUCUAUUUGCAUGUAUAGAUAAGAUGAAGUGUCUUCCGAUUCGUGAUAACCAAGGAGAUGAUGAUGAGAGUGAAUAUGAAGAAUACCGACAUGAACUACGCACACUAUUUGGAAACAUCACACAGUUAGAUCAAAGAUUUGUAUUGGAUACUAUACAUCAAAUGGUUAGACAUUCCCAUCAUUUACUCAACUCAAAUGGUAUGGAAAAAUCUUCAUUUCCUCUGGAGCAUGUGCAACAAAUUGAUGUAACUUUGAAUUUAUUCUAUUUGUUUGGAGAAAUUUGCAAAGCCAGUAAAAAUGAUCACUUCUGUCAAAGUUUUCCUCAACAUGAAACUAUGGUAUCAAUAAUGUCUAUACUGUGCAGUGAUUCCUUCUCUCGUUUACCACAUGAAGCUCUUCAGUUACAGUAUUUCGAAAUAAUGGUUCGGUAUGAACGUUAUUUUUCGCUAGUACCUGAACACCUUUUGAAUGUGAUGCUCGCAUUUGUUGAUGAUCGAGGUUUGCAUAGUUCAUGGCAUAGUGUUAAAAUUCGCUGCGCUUAUUUAAUUAAUCGCAUUAUAAAGUCACACAAAAAAACUCUUCUUCCACAUACCGAAGAAUAUCUUUCACGUUUCUCCGACUUAUUAGAAUUGUCAUUAGAACCAGAUUCUAGUGUUGUAAAUGGUGAACUAAAUGGAAGUGCUGGUUUUGCCAAUGGAAAUACAUCGAAUUUUGGAAAAUCUGUUAAAACAGGCUUGGGUAUUACUGAACAAGGUUUCCUUUAUGAAGCAGCUGCGCAACUUAUCGCUGCAGGUGGUAUCCAACUGCCUAACUCAGAUAACAGUAAUAACAACGGAGAUCGCGUCGGAGAAUUAUUCCGUGUUUUACUCACUCCUGUUAUGAUUCAGUAUGAUCAAUUUGUGACAAAGUAUGUUACUGAACAGAAUCCGAAAGUAGCUGAGGUUCGUGGAAUUUUAGUGAAACAAGUUACUGAUCUUAUUACAAAAACGACUCGAGUAUUUUCUCAACCAAAGUCUGUUAUAACCUCUGGAUGUGAAGCUGUGUUAAUUGAUGCAAUGCACCUCAUAAUUUCAGAAUUGUCGCGUUUCCCUACAGAAGCUGCUAGUCCCGGUCGACAAGCUGCAUGCGCCGGUGUUCGUGCAUUCUUGCAUCGAAUGGUUGCUUGUAUUGUACCAACAAAUGAAUCUAACUCGAUUGGAUGCAGAAGUACUUUGACAUCGGAUAUUUUAUUGGUUGCGCUUGUAGACGCUGUUCCCAAGUUGGUAAGACCGUUACAGUCUACAGUCGCUUGUUAUACUACUGCCAAUCAAGUGUUAGAUAUAGUCGACGCCGAACAACGUUGGAAAGAAAUCAGAGAUGUAAUCCCUCUUGUUACACAAGUAGUACUGAGAUAUAAGAACCAAAGUAUUCCAUUUUUAUCAACUUGUCUACCGCAUUUAAUGGAAGUUAUCAUUAAUGCGUUAAAUGAAUCAUUACCACCGAAUCAUCCAACAUUAAUUGAAGAAAAAAAAUUACUACGCCGCGGAUAUCUUCAAUUAGUUCAAACUAUAUAUCAAUCAGUUCCUGAUGUAUUUUCACAACUUAUUAGUGAAAAUAUUGUACAAAAUCUUUCUACAGUACUUGGACAAGUUCAAGCUUGCUUAGAGUCUGAUGAUCCAACUGGAUUACGUUCAGGCGUAAUAUUAUUUUUACAACUUAUACAAUCAGCUGCUCAUAAUUUACAAUUUUAUGAAGAUUUUUUGUUGCCACAUCUUGUUCCAUUUUUUAUACUUGGUCCAAUAUCUCCUGUCUUUCGUUUGACUGAUGGUCAGUUCAUAUUGGCUUUGGAUAAAAUUGCUGAAAGUCUUCAUGCUUUGUAUCAAAAACAAGAUGGAUUGUACACAUAUUUAAAAGAUUACUUUCUGCCACGACAACAAUUAUCUCCAGAAUUAAUUCAAUCUUACACAAGUGCAUUAAAAUCAAGUUUAAAAGAUUUUCAACUGUUUGUCAGAAGCUUCUAUGCACAUUUUCAUUGAUGCUUAACGCUUAGUCAUUUGAAUGAAUUCUAAGCGAGAAAAACAAAGCAUCGUCCAGAUACUUUCGGUAUUGUAUAGAUUUGAAUUGCUGAUUUUUAUUCAUAUUAAAACGAUUUAAUGCUAAUGUUUCUUUAUGAGUUAGUUUGAUGUCAAUGUGUAGUCUAUAUUUAUUUGGGCUAAAUAUUUAAACUAUACAUGUAAAUCUUCCUAUGAAUUUGUUUGUAAACAAAGCGUGAUUUCUGUUUUUAUGACUUACAUUCCUGUGUAAUGAGUAAAAGAUAGGAGAUACAAUUUAGCAUCUAUGAUUUUCCUUUUUGCCAUUUAUUCUCGGCUCUCUUCUUAGGUUAACAGUGAUUGAAUAAUUGACUGUUUAAUUCUUACUGGUUAUACUACCCCCUUCAGAAAAAAAGUUAUUUCUGUUAGUUCUUUUUCUGUAACUUCUAAAUCUAUUUUGUACAUGGUGUUUCGUGUUUAUUCAAAAUGAAAAACUGACAGUAUACUAGUAUCAGUCAGUUUCAUUUUAAUUGUUAUUGUUCCACUUUGAAGUGGAGCAUUCACUGUGUGAAUCAGGCUUGAUAGUAAUCAUAAUCAAUUGGAUUGCAAAAUCCGACGCU